GCCGCGGCCGGCCGCUCCUGCGCGCGCCAUGAAGGCCAUCGCGGAGCCGCGAGGGCAGCGGCCCGGGGUCGGGGUAGGCGUAGUGGUGACCAGCAGCCGGCAUCCUCGAUGCGUCCUCCUGGGCAAGAGGAAAGGGUCGUUUGGAGCCGGCAGUUUCCAGCUUCCUGGGGGUCAUCUGGAGUUCGGUGAGACCUGGGAAGAAUGCGCUCAGAGGGAAACCUGGGAAGAAGCUGCCCUUCACCUGAACAAUGUUCGCUUUGCCUCGGUCGUGAACUCUUUCGUUGAAAAAGAAAAUUACCAUUAUGUGACUAUACUGAUGAAAGGAGAGGUGGACGUGACUCAGGAUUCAGAACCAAAGAAUGUAGAACCUGAAAAGAAUGAAAGCUGGCAGUGGGUUCCUUGGGAAGAAUUUCCUCCACCAGAUCAGCUUUUCUGGGCACUGCGCUGUUUGAAGGAGCAAGGCUAUGAUCCAUUCAAAGAAGAUUUGGACCAUCUGGUAGGAUACAAAGGAAAUCAUCUCUAAGUGACAAGAAGAGUUCCUGAGGUUUUUUUCCCCUAAAAAGACAAAAAUAAGAUCUGUUAGGGGAUGAAAAAAUACCUACACUUCAAAACGACUGUACUGUAUCUAAAACGUUGCAUAUGAUUGCCAGGUAUUGGCAGUGCUUAACAUACCCACCUCCCUUUCAGUCAGCACCUGAGAAGUCUCCCAGGAAUGUGUCACUGGACUGUAUUUCAGACACAGAGGAUAUGACAAGCAGACAUAGGGCGGUUAAUCGGCCUUCCCUGUGUCUCUGUGAUAUUUACUCUGCAGGUUGUUACUGCCAGCACACAUGGAAUAGGGGCAGCAGAAUGUGCCAUAGUGUUUGAGUUCAAACAGAAAUCUCGAUGCAAAUACCGUAGUUCAGUUUCAGACAUGGUAUGCCUGUUGUAGGGUUUAUCAUGUUUGUUGAUUGUCUGCUUUGAUUUAAAAAAUGGUUUUUUGGUAAUAUAUUGUGACAGUCUUUGCAGCUAGAGAGAACAGGACAGGCCAGUAGGGAACAUUUUCCAGGCUUCUACCUGAAACGCUAGGCUAAGAGAAUUGAGACAGUUCAUUGUGUUUUUAUUAAAAGUGCAAUUUUUAUUAAAAUUGGGGAAAUAUGUAUUAUGACUUCAUUUUAUGUACCUCAAAAUCAAAUGAAAAUGUUGUCUGAACUUAAGCUUCUCCAAAGAUUUUUCACAUAAACUUUGUGUCAACUUCUGUUAUAGCAUAAAUUAAUUCUACCAUACUUCUUUAUACCAAAUUCCUAUUCCAGAUUUACCUUAUUUUUUCACUUAACAUGUUUUAAAUAUUUGACUUUCUGCAUAAUGAUAUUGCUUGAUUAGUUUUUUAAAAAACAUUUAUUUAUUUGAAAGGCAGAGUUACAGAGAGAGGCAGAGGCAGAGAGAGAGAGAGAGAGAGACCCUGCAUUUGGUAGUUCACUCCCCAAAUGGCUGCAAUGGCCAGAGCUGGGUCAGGCCAGGCCAAAGCCAGGAGCCAGGAGUUUUUUCCGGGUCUCCCAUCUUCUGCUGCCAUCCCAACGCAUUAGCAGAGAGCUGGAUCAGAGAUGAAGCAGCCAGGACUCGAACCCAUGCUUCUAUGAGAUACCAGCGGUUGCAGGCAGAGGCUGCUUCUUAUGCUGUGCCAUAACACCAGCCCUUACUGCGGCUUUAAACCUCCAAUUAAUUGACUGAUUUUGAUUUUUCAUUAUGGCAAAAUAUGCAUAACAUAAAACUUUCAUCUUAAUGCUCCAAUUUAUUUUUGAAAUUAUUCCUAAAUGACUUUGCAAAAACACAAAUUUUAUCAUCUUUCUUGUCUUCCCAGACUUCUUUAUAAAGGAGUUCCACACUGGCUGUGGGAUAAAGUCCCUAACUUGACAUAGGAGGGCUCUCACAACCUGCCUGCACCUACUCUCCGUAGUUCUGCUUCCUCAAGUCCCAUGCUGUUUUCUGCCCUCUGGCCCAGGAGCCCCGCAUCUGCCUCAGCCACACCCUUACCUGUUGUUAGCACUUCAGUUCAAGUGUUCCUUCUGAAAAGCCACCUGGACUCACCCAGGCAGACUUUAGACAUAUUUCACUUCAUGACCCGAAGUAAUGGAAACAAGGUGACUGUUUUCAGUGUCUCGACUCACCGGUGGCUUUUGAAUUAGUAUGGCUCUAGGCUGAAAAUGACAUGUGACUGAGACAGUUGUAUUCUCCCUGCGUCACCCACUUGUCGUCUUGUAUAACUUCAUAACAUUUCUGAUGGGUUGAAUUCACUUCUGAGGCAUCUGUGAAGCAGUAGAUUCUGUCCUCCCUAAAAAUGAAGAGGUCUUUUGGAAGACCUCUCAUAUUAUGUACCCUGCAGCCAGAGUGGUGACUGGAAACAAAAUGCCCAGUAUAUACUGGAUGAUUGAAAAAUGACCAUCUAGUAUUUCUUACCUGUUUUCCUGGACUAGAAUGAGACAAGCAGAAAUGCUGCAUUCCAGUUAUUUGUGUGGACAUACAUUUUCUAUGGUAGUGUAGGGAGGGAGGGGCCAGAGUGUGAAAUAAGCCUAGAGGAAAUGCCCUGGCUAAAAAUGUGCAAGCAGUCCACAGCUAGGUGGGGACCCUGAAAUUUGAAUGCCAACUUACUAAUGGCAAGGAAUGAAAAAGGCAAGUUGCUAUGUUACAGAGGAAAAUAUUAACAUGCAUGUUAUGUAUGUGAAAUGUACCUUAUAGUGGAUUCUGUUUUAAAAUGCACCUAUGAGGGUACUUCAAAGUUUGUGGAAAAUGGAAUUAAAAAUGUAUUUUGGUGUAAAAAAUGUUGAAAUCAUGUACACUGUUUUCAUAAUAUGUAUUUUCCAUGAACUUUAUGAAGGCCCUUCAUGUGCAGAUUUCAAAAAAAUUUUUGCACUAAAAUGCUUAUCUUUUAUAAUUUCCAUGAACUUUUUGAAACAAAUUCAUAAUUAUAUGAUGAUGAGUACUUAAGAUACUCUGAAGUGAUGCUUUGUUAGUGGGAUUUAGAUUUAUCAGAUCAGUAGAAUUAGAUAAAUCUGACUCACAAAGCACCACCAACAAGAUACCUGGGAUCCAGAGAAAGAGACAUUCUUGGUAAGAUAUUCUUAGCAACCCCAAGAGAGGAGCACAGUUGGAAAUCCAGCAAAUAUAAGCCAAGUUCUGGCUCUGCAUGCCUUAAAGGAGUAGCUGGGUGCACUUUGGCCUUCCAGAUUAUAUGAGGAAGGGCUUGACUUGUCCAUGAAAGGAGAUGCAUUAAGCUCACAAGUUUGAGAACUGUGGGACACACAUCUGCCUUUUGUUUCCCUGCUGUGCUUGCCACCUGUGAAAAUAAACCAAGUGCUCUCAGCCACACAUUGCUUCCCCGCUUUGUCUCAGCAUUGGUGCAGGAACCCUAGGAUGGGAGAGUUUCCAUUUCCUGGACAGUUUCUGAGUAGGCAGCAGGCCUACUGCCUUAAUGAUGCUCUCUGCCAGUGCCAAGGACUUGGUUCAAAUGGAAGGAGAAAUAAGAAGUGGCCAACAAGUUCAGUAACAAAGGAUGUCACAGUGGGCAAGGGCCGGAGAGAAUUAAAAGGGGUAAGGAGUUGAGCAAGGGGUUUGGAACCAGAGAUGGAGUGGGCCAGGAGGUCAGAAUACAGGAGUAUUGUGAGGUCCUGAGAGCUGACCCUCCCACCAGCUACUGUGCAUGCCGUUUCCUCCAGGGGCCAUCGCAGGUGAGGAGUAUGGGGGUCUGGCUGGUUGAUGCAAACAGCCAGAAGUGAGCAGCCAGGAGCAGUCAUUGGAACCAUGGUGGAAACACCAGGAGCUCAGUGGCUUAUUCUAUCCUGAGAGUUCAUUUCAUGUGGGCUCUAACAAUAUAGGCAAACAGUGUAACUAGGAAGUCUUUAUUAAGCAAUCUGCUCUACUAAAUAAAAUGAGGAAGGCUCUUUAAUGCCUAGCACGGCAGCUGCCACAUUAGUGGGGCUCUAUAAAGAUUCACAUCUACUUGAAGGAUCAACAUUUUACCAGCAUCUCCGAAAUAUCCUCCCCCAAAGGUAACCACUAUCAUCUCAUCAUAGAUGAAUUCGUGGUUCAAUCUGCUCCAAGUAGAAUCAUAGAACAUGCAUUUUUGUAUCUAACAACUUUCAAUCAGCAUUGGUUUUUCAGAUAUUCGUGCUGUGUAGCUGUAGCUCAUUUAUUUUCAGUGUGUGUAGUAUUCCAUUGCUUAAAUACACCAAAACUUACUAAUCUAAUGCUGAUAUUCAUUUGGGUUGUUUCCAGUUUAGGGCUAUUACAAAUAAAACUGCUAUGAGUACAUGUUAAUGGGAAUCAAUUCAGUAGAAUUAGAUAAACUUCACUCACACAGUGUAAUUAUGACGUUAUACAUAGUGCUUAUGUGAACUUAUUUUUGUUUGAUAUAACCCGGGAGUGAAAAGGCUGGGUCAUAGAAUAUACAUGUCUUUAGUAAAGAAAAAAUUAUUUUAAAGAUUUUUAUUUACUUAAUUGAAAGGAAGAAUGCACACAGAGAGGAACAGAAAGAGAAAAGAGAUCUUCCAUCUGCUGGUUCACUCCCCAGAUGGCUGCAAUGGCCAAGAGAGCCAGGCUGGAGCCAAGAACCUGGAACUCCAUCAAGGUCUCCCUUUCUGAGUGGCAGGGACCCAAGUACUUGAGCAUCUUCCCCUGCCUUCCAGGCACAUUAGCAGGGAGCUGGAUCAGAAGUGAAGUUGCCAGAACUCAAACUGGCUGCCAGACAAGGAAUGCUGGCAUCACAAGCAGCAGCUUAACCUGCUGUCACUGGCUCCUGCUAAAAAAUGUGCUUGCCUUAUACCAUUCUGCUUCAGACCUCACUGGGUGUACUAAUAUCACAUGUGGUAUAUAAAUACUGUAACUCCUCUAAAGUACAAAAGAAAAAAAUUUCAAAUUCUUUUUUUUUUUUUUUUUGACAGGCAGAGUGGACAGUGAGAGAGAGAGACAGAGAGAAAGGUCUUCCUUUGCCGUUGGUUCACCCUCCAAUGGCCGCCGCGGCCGGCGCGCUGCGACCGGCGCACCGUGCCGAUCCGGUGGCAGGAGCCAGGAGCCAGGUGCUUUUCCUGGUCUCCCAUGGGGUGCAGGGCCCAAGCACCUGGGCCAUCCUCCACUGCACUCCCUGGCCACAGCAGAGGGCUGGCCUGGAAGAGGGGCAACCGGGACUAGAACCCGGUGUGCCGGCGCCGCUAGGCGGAGGAUUAGCCUAGUGAGCCGCGGCGCCGGCCAAAAAUUUCAAAUUCUGACAUACACUUAGAACCAAUGGCUUAUUGAAAGGCAGCACAAGGAGGUGCGGGGAGAGGAGAGGGAGAAAGCAGUGAAAAUAGCCCUAGUGCUUGGACCCUUGCACUCAUGUGGGAGAGCCAGAAGCAGCUCCUGGCUCCUGGCUUUGGAUCUGCCCAGCUCUGGCCGUUGUGGCCAUUUGGGAAGUGAACCACUGGAUGAAAGAUCUCUUUCUGCCUCUCAAGUAAAUAAAAAAAUCUUAAAGAUGUAAAGUCAGUUAAAUUUUUUUUCCCAUACAACUAUAAUGAGGAAGAUUUAUCAGCUAUUGCUUGCAAUACCAGCACCCCAUAUGAGUGCCUGUUUGAGUCCCAGCUGCUCCACUUCCAAUCUAGCUCCCUGCUAAUGUGCCUGGGAAGGUAGCAGCAGUCCAAGUUUUUGGGCCCCUGCCACUCAUGUGUGAGACUAGGAUGGAAUUUCUGGCUUAUGUCUUCAGCCUGGCCCAGCCCCAGAUACUGUGCCCAUUUAAGGAGUGAACCAGCAGGUGGAAGUUCUGUGUCUCCAUCUUUCUGUCAUUCUGCCUUUCAAAUAAAUAAACCUUAAAAAAAAAAAAAA